AUGUCUCAAGGAAAUCAAGUGGAGGUGGAUAACGCUGUCAACAUGGACAACAACAACACGGGGAAGCAAAAGAAACUGAGAGCAAGCCGCAAACGGUCAUUUGUUUGGGAUCAUUAUGAAUCGUUUGUUAACACAAAAGGCGAGCAUAAAAGUAUGUGUCGCUACUGCGACAAAGAGUACUUUUCUGAUACUAAAGUUCAUGGGACUAGUACCUUGCGGAAUCAUUUGAAAUAUUGUCAAAAGUAUCCAGACAAUAAGCCUAGUGGUCAGACGAAUUUGACCAUUCAAACUGGAGAUGGAGAUGAGAGAAAAAUGGUUGGCUUGAGGUUUGAGCAACAAUAUGCUAGGAAAGCGUUGGCACACAUGAUGGUCGUGGAUGAGCUUCCAUUUAAGUUUGUUGAGGGGAAAGGUUUUCGACAUUUUCUGAAUGUUUGUCAACCAGCCUUUCAUAUUAUGUCCAGAACCACCAUGGCAAGAGAUUGUUACCAGCUCUAUGUUGAGAAGAAGAAGAAAGUUGCUGCCUUACUUAAGGGUAACAUUGGUAGGAUCUGUUUAACGACGGAUACAUGGACAUCUAUCCAACGAAUUAACUACAUGUGUCUUACGGCUCAUUAUGUUGACAAUGAUUGGAUAUUACGGAAAAAGGUCUUGAAUUUCUGUCCCAUAUCUAGCCAUCGAGGUAUUGACAUUGGUAAAGCUGUUGAGAUGUGUUUGAUCAAAUGGGGGAUAAAGUCCAAUGUGUUUACAAUUACUGUAGAUAAUGCGACAACAAAUGAUGUAGCUGUUAAUUAUCUACAAAGUAAGUUUGCAAAUUGGGACAAAUGUGUUUUGGAAGGAAAAUGGUUACACGUGCGGUGCAUUGCUCAUAUCAUGAAUUUAAUUGUGCAAGAUGGCUUAAGUCAUAUAGGGGGAUCAGUUGAUUCUAUCAGGGCUGCUGUUAAGUAUAUCCGUCAAUCUCCUCAAAGGUUGAAGAAGUUUAGAGAAUAUGCUCAACUUGAAAAGUGUACAAGCACCAAGAGUCUGAUUCUAGAUGUCCCUACUCGUUGGAAUUCUACAUACAUGAUGUUGGAAACGGCACAAAGUUAUGAGAAGGCAUUUGCUAGAUAUGAUAGCGAGGAGCGACAUUAUAGAGAUGAUCUUGAAAAAACUGGAGUGCCUACAGCAGCUGAUUGGGCAAAUGUGAGGAGAUUGGCUAAGUUUUUGGAGCACUUUUAUGAGUUGACUUUGAAAGUAUCUGACACCAAUUAUGUGACAACAAACACAUUUUUGGAUGACAUCACUUCUAUUUAUGCACUUCUGAAAAAUGUUGUUAGUGGCGGUGUUCGUGAUUCAAGUCUUUUGGAUAUGGCAAAGCUGAUGAAAAGUAAGUACGACAAGUAUUAUGGAAGUCUUGAAAAGUGUAAUAUGCUUACACUUGUUGCCUCAAUGCUUGAUCCAACCCGUAAGGAUGACUAUGUUGAAGUCUUACUUGUUGAUGUGUAUGGAGAGAUUGAAGGGUCCUCUAUGUGUAACAUGAUAAAAGAAUUUCUUUAUCAGUUGUAUGAUGAUUAUGUAAGAAUUCAUUCAACGUCGGAUCCAUCUAUGGAGGCUUCUCAUCCUUCCUCACUGUUUAAUCAACGUUCCACGUCUACUGUAAUGGAGCCAUUGAUCAUGCUAAAACAAAAGGUGAGAAUGGAGAUGAAAAGAAGGAAGUCUGAAAGUGGAGCGAGACAUUCAAAAUCUGAGCUAGAUAGGUAUUUAAAGGAGGAAACUGAAGAUGAAGGUGACAGUAUCGACCGUGGCUUCAGAAUCUGUCUUUAG